AUAAUCGGCUUCGUUUUGCUCAUGUCUCAUCCCUCACCCUUUCGGACACGCUCAAGAGUUUUUCACAACAAACUCGUAAGAUGAGCACCACAGGCAGCCCCCACGUUGCCGUCCUGGCCUUCCCAUUUUCGACCCACGCGGCUCCCCUCCUUGCUGUGAUCCGCCACCUGGCGACUGCCACCCCGGACACACUCUACUCUUUCUUCAGCACUGCCGAUUCCAUAGCCACCAUCUUCUCGGCUUCCAACAACUUACCCAACGUGAGAGCGUACGACGUGGGAGACGGGGUGCCGGAGGGCUAUGUGCGGGUUGGAAAGCCACAGGAGGAUAUCGAGCUGUUCCUGAAGGCAGCCCAGGCCAACUUCAAGAAGGGGAUGGAGGAGGCGGUGGCCAAGACUGGGAGCGGGGUGAGCUGCUUGGUCACUGAUGCCUUCUUCUGGUUCUGUGCGGAUAUGGCAGCGGAGAUGGAAUUGCCGUGGGUGGCCUUCUGGGCCGCUGGCCCUGCCUCUCUCUCUGCCCAUCUCUACACCGAGCACGUCAGGCAUACUCUUGGCACCGGCAAAGGCAUUGAAGGGCGAGAAGAUGAGACCCUGCAAUUCAUCCCAGGAAUGUCGAAGGUGCGCAUCAGGGACUUGCCGGAAGGAGUCGUGUUCGGGAACUUGGACUCGCUCUUCUCCCGCAUGCUCUGCGACAUGGGCAGAGCCUUGCCAAGAGCAGCUGCGGUGUUCUUGAACAGCUUCGAGGAAUUGGAUCCAACCAUAACCGCUGAUCUCAAGUCCAAGCUCAACAACUUCCUCAACGUUGGCCCCUUCAAUCUCAUAGCCACUCAACCACGUGCUUCCGACGAAAGCAGGUGCAUAUCAUGGUUGGCCGGACAAGAAAGGGCCUCCGUUGCCUACAUUGGCUUUGGGUCAGUGGCAGUGCCUCCUCGGGAGGAGAUUGUGGAACUAGCAGAGGCCUUGGAAGCGAGCCGGGUAUCAUUCAUAUGGUCUCUCAAGGACCAUUUAAGAGAGAAUCUGCCAGAGGGGUUUCUCAAGAGGACUGACACAAGAGGGAUGAUGGUGGCAUGGGCACCACAGGAAGAGAUACUGAAGCAUGAUGCGGUUGGUGCAUUCAUAACGCACUGCGGUUGGAACUCACUCCUAGACAGCAUAGUGGGGGGAGGAGUGGCCAUGAUAUGUAGGCCGUUCUUCGGAGACCAGAGGUUGAACGGCCGGAUGAUGGAGAUGUGGGGGCUUGGGGUCCAAGUUGAGGGGGCUGUGUUGUCUAAGAAGGCCGUGUUGAGUUGCUUGCAGCUUCUUCUGUCCCAAGAAAGGGGGGAAAUUAUGAGGGACAACAUGAGAGCCCUCCGACAACAGGCUGAGAAGGAGGCAGGACCAGAUGGGUCCUCCACUCGCAACUUCAAGCUCCUUUUGAAGCUUGUAUCAAACCCCUAACAUGUUUCCCGGCCCUACCUAUUUUGCACCCACAGCAACUCAAUCUGAAUUUCCCUUUGUUUCCGCCACCGAUAGUUCCAUGUAGGGAAAUCAAGAGUUUCCAGCAUCAUUUUCAUUUGUAAGUCGGGCACCCG